UGUGUUUGCGGGCAUGGCGGCUCGCCAAUCCAAUAAAUGGCAACCGCCGGCCACAUCGCCAGUCGAGGGAUUUGUCGUCGGCACACGUGAAGAUCAAGAUGUACCGCGCGCUCGCGAUUUUGUGCUUCGGCCUGGCCUGUGCUGUUGGAGGCGUGUCCAGUGCGGCCCUGUACAAGGACAUCGCCGGAUGUACGACCCCGGAAGCUGAGAAGUGCGGAUACGACUUCGUGCCCUACUUCCUCACGCCUAAGCUAGCCGAUGAUGCCAAGGGCCUUGCAGCGCAGUGCACGUUGUUCAAGAGACAACUGAAAUGCGGUGAAGACUUCGCCGUCAAGUGCUUGGACGGUCUGCCCAAGGGCGUCAUCCUCCUUAUGCUCAGGGCAGCCGUCGACGAGUACGGCAUGUUCUGUAACACCACCAAUCCGAAGCAUAAAGAAUACUUGGACAGCAUAAAGUGCAUCAACAAGGCUGGUCCUGGAAUCCAGAAGUGCAUGAGCGACAUGUUCGUUGCCAUGCACCGUGCUUCCAAGGCACCCGACCGUCAACAGAUUCCAUAUUCCUGCUGCUAUUACCACGACUUCGUUGAAUGUGCCGAGACCGCUCUGAACCGAGGCUGCAAGCUCCCGGCGGCGAAGAAGUUCUUCGAUGACAUCAUCGAUCACGUUUUCGGCGAGGUGCUCAGCCUGGCCUGCAACAAAUACAAGAAGGGCACGGGCGCCUGCGAUGCCCUGCCCGUCUUGUCCACCAAAGAUGACUCGAAGGCUCGCGAUAGGGGAUUCAUCGAGCCACUGGCCGUCAUUGCUAGCAAGCUCGGUUAGGCAUCGUUGCUGGGUAGUAUAUGUAUACAUAUAGACAUAGAAGUUGUAGACAUAUUCACGUCACAGGGGUAAGGGUGUGUCAUGCUGGUGUGCUCAGGCAAGAGGUGGAAUAACACUUUCUAAUAUAUGUUCGUGAAUAGGUGCUGUCACGUUGUGCGUUCUGGGGAGUCUGAGUAAGCCGACUACAGUUCCUUUUCUAAUGAUAUCAGAAUAGUAUGUAGAGUCUGUCGGGACUCCUUUGGUGCUUGGUAGUGAUACGACGUGGGUUAAACACACGCACACUAGAUAUGAAUGUUGCAGGCCAAGACGGCUAUUGUGCUGCCCCUUGUUUAAGAAUGAAGGAACGUUUUCGCGAAUAGCCAGAUGAAGUCACGGUGAAAGAGAAAUAUAGAAGAGAAUGUAGCUCUCGCAUACCACCAUGACAACCCUUACGGUUGUUGAUUUCCGGAUGUAUUCUAGGCAGACCAAUGUGCGAGUGCAGACCUCCCGCUGAAAAGCGCUUACAUCGCGGAGUUAAUGACGAGCACUCCGUGCGAGAGCAGCCACAAAGCCCACACGAUGACCCUCCAUGAAUGAGCUCCGUGAGGGGUAUAGCAGCUGGGAGCAUUCGCAGCGCCACUCCUAGGACGCCCGUAUAAUCUGUGAUGUCGCGUCAUGGCCUUCGAGAUGGCGCGCCCGCCCGGUGCGAAAUCUCAGAGGCCAUGCUUGCGUAACCGAUCAAGGUGAUCUGGGCAACGUCUGAGAGGUGGCGCUGCCAGGCAAGGAUGUCCCGCGAGCGGGUCCUUGACACUAGACAGUUGACAAGUAGCGCUUUCCUUCGCGAAGUCUGUCGCUUGUAAUAGGUCCCUAUCGUCUGUAUCGCGGUGAUCAUAACUCAUCUGGCGUGUAAGCGCGUGCAUGCUGCGUAGAAGUUCGUGCGUUGGAAUUUAGUCUCUUGCUGGCAUCUUAGUUAAAUCAUGGUCGUUCGAUAAAAAUACUUAGUUCCCACUACGUCAUUUCGAAACGUUCGUUAACAAUUAGCCUGGAAAUGUAAAAUGUCUACAUUUGCUUUGUGUAAAAAAUCCGGAGACAUUUGACAAUCAGUGCAUAUAAAAAUGGUGAACAGGCAAUUAUUUUUUAACACGUACAAAAAUAUAGUAUGCCUUCAGAAGCCGUUCAUCGUCGGAUACAUCGUACACAUAAUAGUAAAAUUUAAAAAAAAAUCGAAUAUUUUACCUAACAAGUAACAGCUGACAUGCUUCCUGGCAGUUAUCAAUUCCAUUGUAUUACCGACGAAUGCACCAGCAUUAGGAAUUGUUAGAACCGAGUGAAAUGGUUGUGUUGUUUGAGACGAAUAGCCAUGCAUGCUUCGUGUGAUGUGUGUACAUAAAUGUGAUCAUCAAGAGCAUGUUAAUUUCCGAAAGCGAUACUUGUUUGUUUUGCUUGUAUGCACGAAAUAAAAUAUCACAUCGUCAACACACCGACAAAA